AUGGCUGCAGGCAUGGAAGCAUUAGCACUUGCAUCAGAAGUCUGUCUCUCCGAGACCUCAAGCAUUUCAGCGGCCGAAUCUUCUCCAGAAAAAUAUAUGAAAGACAGGAAGGACAAAGCAAAGGUUGAUCAAGAAGCUGCGAAGCCAGAGCCUGAUGGGGUGAUGGAAUCCAAAGUUUUACUUUCCCUGAAGUUUCAUCAUAAGGAAUUGGGUGAAAGCUCUUCUCAGCCACAGAUGGUUGCUUCAAAACUGCGUGUUAAGAAGUCAGGGAGGAGAUCUUUCUACUGUGUCUACUGCAGGAGGACAUUCGAGAGCCCACAAGCUUAUGGAGGACAUCAAAAUGCUCACAGACGUGAAAGAUCUUUAGCCAAAAGCCAAGGGUUGGCUCCAUUGGAUUUAAGAUACCCAUAUGCACGUCUGCACGCAUAUUCAAGAUUACCAUCAACAAUUGUUUGUGGGCGUUUCAGUAGAUCUUCUGGACUUGGGCUACAACCAGCAGUGAUUCAUAAACAGUAUCACCCAUGGUCUCUUCCAGGACGAAGUUAUUUUAAUGGUGGGUGGAACAGACCAGAAAUGCUGCUGAUGAACAGACAACCUGAAAUUGCUAGAUUGAGGAGGGAUGAUGGGUUAAUAUUGCAAGGAGCAGAAGGAUUUGAUGGUGAUGGUUUUGUUAACAUGUUUAGAGGAUCCCAAGCCAUUGAAGCUUCAAACGCUGCAGCUAAUAGGAUGAACGAUAUUGAACGUGGUAAUCUGGAAGCUCAUCCACAUGAAGAGAAGGAGCUUGAUUUGUCUCUUAAACUCUGA